CCACCAUAACAGUUUUAGCGCCGAACCAGAUCUUAAAUCACUCAAUUCAUGUGGGUCCCACUUUCCGAUGAACCAAAUCUAAGCAAUUCCUUAUUUUCCUUUCCCAAAAGUGCAAAGUCCCUUCCACACAUUCCAAAUUCAACGGCAACCCUACGUUUUCUAUACACUCUUUUUGCAAAAAUAUUUGCACAGGCACACAUUCCUCACCCUCUUCCUCUCAAUAACAGCCCCUCGUCUUUCUAUCCACUUGGGUUUUCUUCUUUUGUGUGUGUGUGUGUGUGUGUGUGUGUUGUAGCAAUUCUUGAAAAUUUGGUUUUUAAUGUUUUGAUUUGUUGGGGGCUUAUUUUUGCGCUCUUGUUAUUGUGAAAGUUUGAAUCUUUUCGUCAUUUUCCGAUAUUGGGGGGCUCGAAAGUUUGAAUCUUUUGUGAUUUUUCGAUAUUGGGAGCUCGAAAAAUUGAAUCUUUUGUGAUUUUUCGAUAUUGGGAGGUCGAAAGUUUGAAUCUUUUGUGAUUUUUCGAUAUUGGGAGCUCAAAAGUUUGAAUCUUUUGUCUGAAUCGUUGAUGGGUUUUGAAUCUCUUGUCUGAAUAAUUGGUGGGUUUUGAAUCUUGAAACCCUGAUUUGAGCUGAUUGGUUGGUUGGUUGGUGUGGGUAAAGAUCUAUUUUGGGUGUUUGUCAAUGGGCGCUUUAGAUGAGGGUCAUUAUAAUGCAGAACUCGGGAAUGGAGUGAAUCUUGGUGGCGAUGUGGAGCUCGAUUUCGACGAAGAACCCGACACCUUCGCCAUCGAAGAAGCUGUGAGAGUCUUAUUGCAGGGUUUGGGUGAGGAUUUCAAUCGUGAAGGUCUGAAAAAGACCCCUCUCCGUGUGGCGAAGGCUCUUCUAGAAGGGACUCGAGGCUAUAAGCAAAACGUGAAGGACAUUGUGGGUGGCGCUUUAUUCCCCGAAGCAGGGCUAGAAAACAAAGUAGGCCAUGCUGGCGGCACAGGCGGUCUCGUCUUGGUUCGAGAUCUCGAUCUCUUCUCGUACUGCGAAUCCUGCUUGCUCCCGUUUCAAGUCAAGUGCCACGUGGGCUAUGUACCCUCAGCCCAAAGAGUCGUCGGACUUAGCAAGCUCUCCCGAGUCGCCGAAGUCUUCGCCAAACGCCUCCAAGACCCAACGAGGCUAGCCACUGAGAUCUGCACUGCUCUGCAGCACGGGUUUAGACCGACAGGUGUCGCUGUUAUCCUCCAAUGCUCUCACAAUUUCGACCCGGCCCAUUUCGACCCAGCCUGUAAAAGUUGGGCGAACAAGACGUUGGUCAAAUCGGGCUCGGGUGUUUUCGACGACGACAUGUCGGAUAUUUGGACGGACUUCCUAAGCCUUCUGAGAUUCCGAGGAGUAAAUGUAGGGGAUGUUUCCUCUAGAAGCUCCGGCGAAAAGUGUUGGUGCCCGUCUCAUGCAUUUUCGAAUAUAGGGGGGUCGUCGGAUUCAAAGAUUCUCUCUUCGGUUUCUUCGAUACUUUGUUCUUUGGGCGAGGAUCCGUUGAGGAAAGAACUCGUCGAAACCCCCGCCCGUUUCGUUAAGUGGUUGAUGAAUUUCAAGAAUUCGAAAUUCGAGACGAAGCUAAACGGGCACAUACACAACAUUCGAGGUAAGACGGACUCUUUGAUCUCCCAUGAAGACGAGCAUCUUUGUUGUGAGGUGAACUUGUCUUUCUUGUCUCAAUGUGAGCACCAUUUGCUACCCUUCCACGGGGUGGUGCAUAUAGGGUACUACCGUUCGAACGGUUUUAUUAUGAACCCCGUUGGAAAAUCUAUUCUACAGUCGAUAGUGCGUUUUUACGGGUUUAAACUUCAAGUACAAGAGAGGCUGACUAGGCAGAUAGCCGAGACAGUUUCGUCUUAUUUGGGUGAAGAUGUAAUGGUGGUUGUGGAAGCGAGUCACACUUGUAUGAUUUCUCGGGGUAUUGAGAAAUUCGGGAGCAACACUGCUACGAUUGCUGUUUUGGGUCGAUUUUCAACGGACCCUUUGGCGAGGGCCAAGUUUUUGCAGAUUAUCCCAAAUUCUUGUCCCGGUGAGAAUUGAUUUUUCGACUGGGAAAAAGCAAAAGAUUAUAUUUUUGUUGUUUUUUUAAAAUGUUUUUGGGAUUGUUAUGUGGGAGAAUUAGCAAUGAAUGUUGGAGUUGCAAAUUGCAAUAGUGAGAUGAGUUUUGAAUUGCUUUUUGUUUUAGUUAAUUUCUAUUUAUUUAAUCAUUUGCUCAAUUUGCAUGUAACAUGUUGUUUCAUGUUCAUAUAAAGAUAGGUUUUUUU